AGUUACGGGCAGUCGGAUUCUGUCUGAACCUCGGUUGUUUUCCUCCAAAUGAUUCUUCUUCACAACUGUCCUUCGGAAACAACCUAUGCCACCUGUGUUUCUUAUUUCGACCGCAGCCCUUGUUUUUUUUAGCUGUUCGACCGCAGCCAGUGUUUGUUGAAUUUGCCUCCUUACAGGGUUGCUAAAUAUAAGGCUGAGUGCAGAUUGAGCGCCAAUAUUUUACUAGAAUAUAUUGAUAUCAUGAAACUAUAAGGAUUUUAACGACUUCAGUAGUUACCCUACGACAAGACAACUCUGCUGCAAUGCUGAGCACCACGACCAGCAAGCUGAAUGUAUUGGUCAACAAACUGCACGAGUACUUGGCUAAUUCUCCUGUUGAGGACUGCAAUGGCCCGAAAACCUCAGAGGAUGCUGAAGGUCUGACAAACAGGAGAUGUUCUGUGGUCAACUCAAAAGCUCAUGCUCCAACAGUGCCAGGAGUUUACACCAAAUACUCAAGGAGAAAACCAUCUGUUGUCAUAAGACACUCUGGACUGGAUGAAUCAGGGGACUCAAAUGCAAGUGAGGACGUGGAAUUACGAGUCAACGCAAAUGGUCACCCUGAUGUCACUAGAUUACCAAAAGGCACUGUACUGGUGAGGCCCGAACCCGUUGACAAUGGGAGAGAUGACUUCAGGGGUCCUGAGUUCCGCAGCCGGAAACCAGGCGUACUGCGCAAGGAGUUUUCGAGGAGACGUGGAGGUGGCGAACACAUGGAAAUUGUCAGUUGCACCGCUUGUGGCCGACAAGUUAACCACUUCCAAAGAGAUUCCUUUUAUCGACAUCCAGUUCUGAAAGUUCUUAUUUGCAAGUCUUGCUACAAGUAUUACUCCAGUGAUGACAUCAGUAAGGAUGGAGAUGGAAUGGAUGAGCAAUGCAGAUGGUGUGCUGAAGGAGGCAACUUGAUCUGUUGCGACUACUGCAGUAAUGCUUUCUGCAAGAAGUGUAUUCUAAGAAAUUUGGGAAGGAAGGAGCUUUCAGGCAUCUUAGAAAGCAAGUGGUACUGCUAUGUGUGUAGCCCAGAGCCCCUUUGCGAUCUGGUGAUGGCCUGUGACAGCGUCCUGGAGAACAUGGAGCACAUGUGGUAUCAGCAGCGCAGAAGGAACAGAGUGGAGCCGGAAAAAUCUCAGCUUUACCACAUGUUGCCACACUUACAACCAAACAUUCCUUUGGAUAAAUGGGAUCACACUGGUAUGGAUGGGAAUGUGGUUUUCAACUAUAACACACUGCAGAUUUCCAAGGAGAUAACCAAAAAGGCCAAACAUUUAGUGGACUCGACAAACAUCCUAAACCGUACAUUUGUCAAUUUCAUUCAUACUGUGACGUCAAACAAACAAGCACCUACUGUUCGCAAGCUGUAUCUGAACUCUUUUUUGUCAGUAGUCAAAGGGUUGCAAAAAUCACUUACAGCACUCGAAGACAGCCUGAAGGAAGAAUUUAGAGACCUGGAUGUUAUGAGCUGUUGGGAAAAGUUCUUUAGUGAAGACUUUGAUGCACAACCUGUUAUAGAUCCAGCUACAGAGCCGGAAAGCUCUGGAGAAAGUUGCUUGAGUGACUUGCGGAAAUUGGCAGCUGAACAUUCAGAGGAUUAUGAUUCUGACUCCAAGGGCUUCAAGAAGAGGGCUGCAUGUGCCUGCCCUGGAGAAAACAUGGAUUCAGAUUCACAUGAAGCCCCACAGAGUGCAAGGAAGAUUGACCUGAUGCCUUCUGAAAGGGGGAUCAACAUGACUAAAAAACUAGUAGUUAAACUUACUCCUGUACCAAUGGAGCAGGAGCAAUCCUCUUGUGCCUCAAAGAAUGAGAAAGACAUCCACAUGAGUGACAACAUGUCAGAGGGAAAGGAUAUAUCAGAAAAACCAUGUGUUAAGGGUGCUAAAGCUGACAGCAAGAUAAGCAACUAUAUUGCAUCUCUACACCCAGAAGAACAGCAUGGCAAUAGACGUUCUCCCCGCUUGAAGACGACACCUUUGCGGCGUCCAAGUGGCGUCAAGUCCAAAGAGUCUCUCUCAGCAGCAGACACUGACAGUGAUUCUGACCCAGAGGAACCCUCCAGCCAAACACCUGCCGCCAACACUGAAGAACCAAGUCUGAGCCGAGCAAGAGACGACUCUGACUCUGAUGAAGUCCCUGCAGCUCUGCUUGAGCGAGCGGCUAUGACACAAAGCUCAGACGAACCCCAGAGCGAUCAGGGUGGUGGAAAAGCAUCAAAAAAGGUGGCCAAGAAAUGUCUCUUUUGGCUAACGAAGACCUCCCCGCUCUCCCCGGAGAGCAUUCGUAGAAAACGCAAGAUGCUGGACCGCUCCUCCGAAUCAGACUCGAGUAACAGAAGAGCUAAAUCCCGAAGACAAAUCAGGACAGAUUCCUCAAGCGAUGAUCAAGACUCGCAGAAGAAAAUACAACACUUGAAUACUUUGAGGCCUGUUGGUAAGUCUUCCCUCGCCAAAAGAGAGAAUGAAAGUUUGCCUAAAAAGCCGGUUAGGAUACAGGCUGGAAAGUCCAAGGCUAAAGCCCCCCAGAAAGGAAUGGAGUCCUCAUCCUCAUCAAGCGAAGAUGAAGAUGAUGACGAAGACUCUGGGAGUGAAGGAAGUGAUCAGAAGAUGAAGCCAAUCACUGAAGAUGAGGCGUUACUGGGGGCGGCAUCAUUCCACCAAUCAUCUGGAGACGAGGAGCACUCUGGGCCCUUGUGGACAGCAGAAGAUGAUGAUGAUCCAGAAAAUAGAAUCGCAAAGAAAAUGCUUUUGGCCCAGAUCAAAGCCAACUACUCCUCGGCCGAAGAUAUCUCUUCAGACGAGACGCAGGAUACAUCAGACGAGGAUGAUCAGGAGGUCAAAAGAGGCAAUAAGGAUAAUAAAACAGAUGUAAAAGGGGAAGACUCUGCUUCCGAAUCCUCUGACACCAUGUCCGAUGGGCCCACCUCCAGGCACCAUCUUCUCCGCCACAAACUGACCUUGGAUGACGGAGGGCCGGGUGAUAAGGCUGGGGCAGAGGGUGAAGCAGGAGGGCCAAAGAGCAACAAAAAAGCCAGCAAAACAGCCCUAAACUCUGAUAGUGAAAGUGAUGCUGAGAGUAAGGAGUCGGAGCCGGAGGACUCCUGGGUGAGCGAGGAGCUGAGUCUGUCAGAGACCGAGGACGGUGAAGACGAACUCACAAGAGGAUCCAGUCUGACGAAGGAGGCGCCCCACAGUUAUGAAAAGAAGGCGGCAGUGACCUGCAUUUUGCUAUCUGACUCCAACAGUGAAAAAACUGAUAAAGAGGAUGCAGGGGAGGAGAACAGCGACGGUAAAGGCACCCCUAAAGGACGCAAAAAGAUUCGCAAAAUCAUCGACGAUGUGAAUCUCCGUGCUGAGACCCAGGAAGCCCUCAGAGAGGAGGAUGAGAGACGCAAACGCUUGGCAGAAAGGGAACAACAGAUGGGGGACAGUCGAGAGAUAAUUGUCAUAGAGGAUGAGCUGUCUCAGGUGGUGUGUCCCAUCACCACCAAGCUGAUCCUGGAUCAGGACAAGGAGACCAAAAAGCCUCUCGUUCAGGUGCACAGGAACCUGGUGACGAGACUGAAGCCCCACCAGGUGGACGGGGUCCAGUUUAUUUGGGACAGUUGUUGUGAGUCUGUGAAGAAGGCCAACUCUUCUCCUGGAUCUGGCUGCAUACUGGCACACUGCAUGGGCCUAGGAAAGACUCUGCAGAUGGUGACUUUCCUGAACACGGUGCUGCUGUCCGAGAACCUGAAAUUCAGAACGGCCCUGGUCGUAUGUCCACUCAAUACCAUCCUCAACUGGGUCAACGAGUUCAAGAAAUGGCAGAGCAACAUGGGACAGGAUAAAGUAAAGGUCACAGAACUGGCUACCGUAAAGCAUCCCCCAGAGCGCAUCAGGGCUCUGCUGAGGUGGAAGAGCGAGGGAGGUGUGAUGAUAAUGGGCUAUGAGAUGUUCCGCAUCCUGUCUGUAGCCAAGAAAAUCACUGACGAGGAGAGCAGGAAGGAGAUAAAGAGCAUACUGGUGGAUCCAGGUCCGGACUUUGUGGUCUGUGACGAGGGACACAUCUUGCGCAAUGAAACUUCUAACAUCUCCAAAUCUAUGAACGCCAUCAAGACCAAACGGAGAGUGGUGCUAACUGGCACUCCAUUACAAAACAACCUGAAUGAGUACCACUGCAUGGUGAAUUUUAUCAAGAAGAAUCUGCUUGGCUCACUGGGAGAAUUCAGAAACCGCUUCAUCAACCCCAUACAGAACGGCCAGUGUGCGGACUCCACGUCACGAGACGUCCGGAUCAUGAAGAAGCGAGCACACGUGCUUCAUGCAAUGCUGGCUGGAUGUGUGCAGAGAAGAGAUUACUCCGAGUUGACUCAGUUCCUGCCUCCCAAACACGAGUACGUGCUGGCAGUGAGGCUCUCUCCUCAUCAGAACAGGCUGUAUCGCUACUACCUAGACAACAUCACAGGUAUGGGCUCCUUGACAAACAGAGCCAAAGUGAAGGUCGGAGCAAACCUGUUCAAGGACUUCCAGGUGCUCAGCCGCAUCUGGACUCACCCCUGGUGCCUUCAGCUGAACUACAUCAGCAAAGAGAAAAAGGGACAUUUUGUGAAUAAGAAUAGAAAGAAAGCAGCAGACCUGCUGAGAAAUGAAGACCCUGCUGUGGCUGGGAGUGGACUCGGAGCGAUCCAAGGAACACCAGGGCCCAACGAUGGCGCCGGCGGUACAGCGAGUAUUGCUGGCCUGUCCACAGCUGCUGCAGCACUGGAAGGAGAGAACACAACCAUCAACUUUGGGGGUCGGAGGCAAGAUGAUGAAUGGUUCAAAGACAUGCUGACUAAAGAGGACGCUAAUAUCAUGGAGCUCUCGGGGAAGAUAGUGCUCUUGUUCGAGAUCCUCAGAAUGGCUGAAGACCUCGGGGAUAAAGUGCUUGUUUUCAGUCAGUCAUUGAUCUCAUUGGACCUAAUUGAAGAUUUCCUGAAAGAUUCUCACAAUGCCAGAGACCCGUCAGCAUUCAAAGUGGACAGCUGGAUUAAAAACAUUGAUUACUAUCGUCUCGACGGUUCCACCAGUGCUUUGUUGAGGAAGAAAUGGGCCGAUCAGUUCAACAAUGACUCCAAUCCUCGGGUCUUCCCUUCCUUCAGUCCAGCGUCGUUCAGGUGUGGAUGUUCGAUAGUUCAACCCUGGGUGAGACCCAGUGUCACUGCGUUGUAUGUCGUCUGGCAGUGCAGGUGGAACAAGCCGUCGGGGUGGAUAAGCCAGAACGUAGUCCUCUAGAUGUCCCGGGACCCUUUGGGGCCGGCGAGGACGAGCACCUUGACGUUCUUCUUCCUCAUCGUGAUGUUGUGAUGUCGCCAUUAGGAAAAGCUGUCAACACAAUCCGGCUCGAAGGACCAUUUGUGGAGGACACGGUGCGUGCAAAGUUUUGGUUGUGCUGCAGCUUGAUUUCCUAUCCUCUGUAAGAAGGGUCGAACGACUUGUGAGGAAGAACGGCUGUCCACAGGCAGUUCCAACUUUAACAGACUUUAUCGCAGGGUGAUGAACUGAACAUUGAUGUAGGUUUAGGGUGUUAUACAGGGUGUGUUCUUUCGUGUGGGUUUGUGUGUAAAUGUGUGUGAAUGUGUGUGUGGUCUCUGUAACAUAAAGAUGAAGCAGAUAUCAGUAAACAGGUAAUGUAGAGGGAUGAUACAGUUGUCAUCUACAUUAAGAAAAGGCACAAUUGGCUGGCCUAUGCCGCCCUCUAUUGACCAAAGGCCGCAACAGCAUAGCACCGACAUAUGCUAUUACACGAGGCCUAACUAUUAUAACAUAAACACAUAACAAAGUACAGGAAUGCACACGAUUCUAUAUAAUAACUGUAGUGUACAUAAUAAUGCUUACAUUAGCCCUGCACUUAAUGGGCGUUAUACAUUAAUACAGGCUGUGCUGCCACGUGCUCCGCAUGGCAAGGCUAGCUGCUAUGGCUAACUAACCUCAUUUACGGAGUUAGCGGGGUAAUUGCGGACAUAAACUUCCUGAACACUCCACUGGACAAGACUUCAUGCACUUACAUUUUUCAUGCACGCACACGCAUGUCCACAACACACAGACUCCGCCAACACUAUAACACAGUUAUGCGGUUAUAACACAAUAGUGACAGUCUGAUCGCCAUCAGUCUCCUUGCUUCCACUGAACAGCAAGUGCACGUUGCGAAAUUGCGCCACAUGGUUGAGACCACUUGUAAUUCUGGCUAGGGGUCACAUGGAAUAGUCCAACUAACGGGGGAGUUUUAUACAACAUAUGUAUAACCCUUUUCAUUUCUUUAUAAAUGAAAAUGUAAACAGAAAUUACAAGGGCACUACAUUUAAAUAAGAAUGUUUUAAAGUUUCUCUUCUGAUUGUAUUUUAUUGAUCUUUAUUUCAGCGGCCGAUUGUUUCUUAUUUCAACGCGAGCCGGCUCACUUGGCAUCAACCUCGUUGCUGCAAACCGGGUCAUCAUCUUCGACGCCUCAUGGAACCCCUCUUAUGACAUACAGAGCAUCUACAGGGUGUACCGCUUCGGUCAGCUUAAACAAGUGUUUGUGUACCGCUUCUU